ACGCUCCAUGCUCAAGAUUCGCGUCGCUUUGAACACCACUUUUUCAUCAAGUCAAUUUUUAACAAUGCCAUAUUAUAUUAUUUAUCUCCUAAAAAAAAGUUUAAAAAAAUGACAUACUAUUUAUCUCCUAUAAAAAGAAAAGCAUAAUUAAGCCACAGGUAAAUAAGCGCAAGUGUUGUUGUGACGUCUUCAUUUCGUAUGCGUGUUUUAAAACUACCUGGAUGGGACUGGUAGACUGUGUUUUCUCAAGGGACACAAGCGUGUGCUAACAUCAGGGAGACAACUGAUGACCCAAGUCAGAUACUGCCCGCCCCUGGGACAGAUUUGUUACAUGAAUUCUCUCGAGUCCAAUAACAGUUGUUUACUUCUCGGAUAUCUUUCCUAGUUUGUGAUUUCAGUAUGGAUUCAAAUGUGUUGAUUGCAUGUGGAAUAAAGUAAACAUAAGUCGUUUAAAAAUCAGCCAAAACUAAACCUGCUGAUGAAGGCUGAAAUACAGCGCUAAUUACAGUACACGUGAUGGUUGUGGGGAACAAACUUUUUCUGUAUGUGUAAUUUUCAGACGUUGGAUCUUUGAAGGGAGCGUAUUCCAUCCACAUUAAGGAGCGGUGUCCCCAUCUUUGAGUCUUCCCAGUCUAGGAGUCUUCUCUGUAUAGCUGAAUCUUCUCUGUAUAGCUGAAUCUUCUCUGUAUAGCUGAAUCUUCUCUGUAUAGCAGAAUCUUCUCUGUAUAGCAGAACCUUCUCUGUAUAGCAGAAUCUUCUCUGUAUACCAGAAUCUUCUCUGUAUAGCAGAAUCUUCUCUGUAUACCAGAAUCUUCUCUGUAUAGCAGAAUCUUUUCUGUAUGGUAGAGUCUCUGCCUAGCUUCAAAACCAAAUAAAGUAAGAUGAGGAGUUGUGUAGGAACAUUGAACGUCUGAGCGGAUAUCUACAGGUUUGCCAACAUGUCUACCGGCUGUCUGGCAAUGAUUCUAUUCUCACUGACUCUAGUCGCAGACAGCGGCGGCCAAAGUUAGGUUGGUCAACAAUGGAUAUGAGGGGGUCAUCAUUGCCAUUAGUCCUGAUGUCAAGGAAAGUAAAUCGCUUCGUGAGAGAUUAGAGAUGUUUCUAACUGCCGCAUCUGCUACACUAUUUAAAGCCACCAAAAAUCUCCUAUAUUUUCGAGAAUUUAUCAUAGUGGUUCCAGAAACGUGGACGCCAAAACAGUUUUACGAGAACGCUUUGGAUGUUGAAUUAGACAGAGCACAGAUCAUUAUUGACAGAUCCAAUCCCGCCUACGGCGACGCCCCGUACGUCAAACAAUAUGCUGAAUGUGGCUCGCCAGGCUUGUACAUCCACCUAACACCCGGCUAUUUGUUGGAUGAUGCUGUCAUUCAAAAAUGGGGGAAUCCAGAUAAAACGAUUGUCCAUGAAUGGGCACAUCUACGCUGGGGUUUAUUUGAUGAAUAUCCAAUUGAUGCUCAAGACGAGGCUUUCUACCGAUUUGCAGGUUUAUGGCACCCAACAAGGUGUACAACAGAUGUGGAAGGUUCUAUCUUGAAUGAAUAUACAAGCAAACAAUGUGAAUUUGACUUCUUUACUGGGAAACCUGAGAAAAACUGCCGGUUUUUUCCUAGGAUGGCUGCAAAUAAAGCGAUGGCAUCUCUAAUGUUUAUGCAGUACCUCGAUAGUAUGGCGGAGUUCUGCGAUGAUCCAACAAGAUCACCGAAACAUUUAAAGCAUAAUGUCUUUGCACCAAAUCGCCAAAAUAGACUUUGCCAAUAUAAAAGUGCAUGGGAAGUUAUGAGGAAACAUGAAGAUUUCGUGAAAACGAAGAAGCCGCUCCCAUCUACUAGUAAGACGAGGCCCAAGUUCCGUUACGUGCAGGCUCAUCCUAGGAAACGUGUACUAGUGCUCGAUACUUCAGGUAGUAUGACGGGAGCCUCUCUCAGUGUACUCAAGCAAGCAGCCAGUAACUACAUCCUCAGCUGUAUAGAGACGGGCAGUAAACUUGGGAUCGUACAGUUCAACACCAACGCUUCUACGCUGUCUCAGCUGGUCGAGGUCAAGUCAGAAAAAGACAGAUUUACUUUAAUAGAUGCUUUGCCCAUGCAAGCGGAAGGUAAAACAAGCAUAGGUGCCGGUCUCAAGAAGGGUGUAGAGGUUCUUACAAAGUAUGGUGACGCCCCCGGUGGUACCAUUAUAUUAAUAACUGAUGGAAAAGAAAAUGAAGGGCCGUAUCUGAGAGAUCUUAGACCUGCAUUAAUGAAAGAAGGAAUCGUAGUUCACGCCCUAGCGUAUGGACAACGGGCCGAACAAAGUAUCGCUCAACUCUCGCAGGAGACCGGGGGAAAGACGUUUUUCUACAGCGGCCGGAACUACUCAACAGCCUUGAUUGAUGGACUGGCAGCUACUGUUGCUAUGGAAAAUAACAUCAUCCCAAAAGCUAACAUUCCCUACUCUAUUCUUUCGGAUGCGGUUUCUACAAGGAAAGGAGAAACGCUUUCCGGAAGUUUUUAUAUUGACUCAACCAUUGGCACUGAAACAUCGCUGACUUUCAGCUAUUCUCACUAUAUUGUAGUAAGGAUUGAAGGCCCAAAUGAGAACUACACCGAAGAAAAUUAUAAAGACAGCUUUAAAUACGAUUUAUCAUCUAAAGUGUUACGAGUCAUGAUACCAGGCAUAUCGCAUACUGGUUUGUGGGUCUACCACGUGACCACAAAUGCUACGGUGUCUCAUGUGACGGUACACAUACAGUCUAAGCCUCGAGGUGUAAAACAGGAAAUUUUACAGAUCAACUCCUGGAUACCACAACAAGGUGAGGUGGUAUUUGAUCCCAGUCAGAAAUUUGGAAUCUAUGCUGAAGUGACUCGAGGCAAGGCUCCAGUACUAAAUGCCCAGGUCAUUGCCUCAAUAGAGCGUCCCCAGUCAUCACCGACCGAUAUCCUCCUGCUGGAUAAUGGUGUUGGUGCCGACAUCAUUAAAGGUGAUGGCGUGUAUGCUGCUAGCAUCAUGCCACGUGAUUUGAUGGGCGAUGGCCGUUAUAAUAUAAAGGUCAAGGUAAUCGGCCGGAAGGAAGAAACCGUUGUUGUAACUGCAUCCGGUAAAGGUAGCCGGGCUUUAGAGGCUACAACAUCCGGUCAACAGACACAGACUGAAACAAUACCACUAGAGAAUUUCCAAAGGGUGACAACUGCUGGCGAAUUUCGAUUGCGUGGGUUUCCUGGCUCUAUUUUAACACAAGAGCAAUUAACAGAUGAGAUCCCACCUUCUAGAAUAACGGACUUUAGCGUCGUCUCAUUUGACUACACCAAUAUGACAGCGGUGGUACAGUGGACAGCUGUAGGUUCAGACAUGGAGAGAGGCACAGCAUCUAAAUACUUCAUCCAUUAUUCUAAGGAUUUUGAAGAACUACUUCUAAAUCGUAAGUCCACAGAAUUGCUUAAAGACGCACACAUCCUUUACGGAAAUUUAAGUCAGCCUAGAUCGUCAGGAUCAAGUGAAAAGCUGCAUCUUUCUCUAAACACGACAGGGCUAGGCAACAAUGUGACCCUGUUCCUCAGCAUCUACGCUGUAGACAGCAGUGGCAAUGAGGGCGGCUCUUCUAAUAUUAUCUCGCUAUCCCCAGCUUACGAUACGUCUGUGCCGCGAACUCCAGUCCCAGAGAUAGUCUCAGUUCAAACCUAUCUGGCUAUACUUUUGCCUUUAUGUCUAGCCAUUGUCGCAUUCUUUAUUUUUCUUGUCAUAUUCUUGGUGUUGAAAUCGAAGAAGAUCAAAUCAGAGAAUAUUGAACAGACAGAAGAGUGUACCACCCACUCUGUCUGCUCCUUGGAUCUGGAACAUAUGAAUUACAUGUUUGAGGGAGAAUACAGAAAGAGACUUCCAGAGGACAUUGACUCUUGGAGCCGUGGGAGCAUUUAGAGAUGUUUAAGUGAUAUCUAAAGUACAGCACUAGAGAAAGUUAAUAGAAGUAUCUAGAGUAGGCCUACAACACUAAAGAAAGUUAAUAGUAGUAUCUAGAGUAGGCCUACAACACUGAAGAAAGUUAAUAGUAGUAUCUAAGUAUAGCACUAGAGAAGGUUAAUAGUAGUAUUUAGAGUACAACACUAGACAAAGUUAAUAGUACUAAAGUACAACACUAAAGCAGGUUAAUAGGAAAAUUUGGAAAAUGAAAAAAAAAAAACCAUCCUAUUCUGUUUUAGAAAUAUUCGUUAUCCUACUUGACUACAUGAUACAAUAGCAAAACAUUCUUGAUCUGGUCAAUCUGGUAAUUUUUUAAAAAAAAUCCUAAACUGUGACAAAUAUUACUUUGCUUCCUGGAAGACGCAUCACUUAGAGGCAGUGAUAAAACUAUCAAGUGGCAAAAAAAACAACACAUAACUACAUGUAAUACCAUUGGCAUUUUAUUAAAAAAUUACUAAUAAAGCCCAAGAU